CUUGCUUUAUCAAAGCGCGUUUGUGGUUUUUAUAAAGUGGAUGUCUUAAUAUAUUCGUAUUGGAAAUUUUGGAGAGAAUACAUAAGAGAAUACAUAAAAUCUAAAACUGACUUAAAAGGAUUGUUCUGCAGUCGAUAACUAAUAGUUAAAAUAUAUAAAUAUUCUGCUUUGUUUGGUGAAAACCUCUUAUUAAGAAAAAAUUGGCGUGUUUAGUGAAACCAACGAUUCAGAUAUGACGUUGAUUAACGCUGAUGAUGUGUUGAAAAAUGUUUCUCAAGAUUUAGGAAUUGAAGAGCAUGAAAUGAAGGAGCCGCAGUUGAUUGAAAAAAAUUGUCUUGUGCAGUGGCAAUAUAUGAAGAAUUGUCAAUGGCUUCAGUAUGAGACUGUGUUAAAUAUGAAUAUUGAGAAAGCAUAUAAAUCUGGUGCGGAAUAUGUCGAUAUGUCGGCAAGGUCCAAUUUUGCAUAUAUAGAUUUUAAACGUAUGGUAAUGGUAACCGGUAAUUUUUUAACACAAGUUACUGUUGUGAAACGUGAGGAAGAUAAGCUAAAAGCAGAUAUCAAAAUUUUACCGCCGCUGUCUAAAUUUGUUAAAAGUGGUCUUGCGCUACAAGUAGCACAUGAUAUUAUCGAUAAGUCCUUGACACAUUUAAAUAAUUGUUUUCCUGGUGUUGUUUAUUCUGCACAAGAGAAAGUUUCGACAUGUGAUUCAUCCUCUGGAUCAGAAAGUUCCAGAAGUAGUAAUAAUACAAUCGAUAUUGAGGAACCGAUUCAAAAUAACAUUGUACAAUGCGAUACAAAUGAACUAUUUAACUUGAUGGAAAUUUUACUAUAUGCAUCAGAAGAAAAUGCUAAUGAGUUAAGUGAAGAAACUAAAUCUCUUUUGAGUGUUACGAAAUACGAGAAGCAGUUAUUGGAAAAUAUAACUAAAUAUUCUGAUGACACAGAUUAAGACAUAAUUUUGUAUAUACCAUUUUGUUUUAAAAAUUAAUUUUUCAAUACAUUUUUCUUAUAUGCAGUAAUCCUUGUUAAAGUCAAUAGAAUCUAGCCUUAAUUUCACAUUUAAUUGAA